AUCACACCCAUAAGUAUUCGUAAUAAUUCAUUACCAAAACAUUAUACUUACAGUACCAUACUUUCUAUACUUUAUCGUUAUUAAAAUAACUUUUCUACAAAGACUAUAUAGAAAAGAUAUCUUUAUCUUUUUAUAUCUUUUCUACAAGUACUUUUAUCUUUAUAUACACUUCUUCUAUAUAAAGGUCACGGAGAGUAUUUUAAGAUUCUCACUUUCUCUCUACCACCAAACCUCCCACACCACCGUCACCGGAGCUAUGACCUCAAAAGACUGUGGCUCUCACGACAGCCACUCAUCAUGCAACCGUAAAAUAGUGAUCUGGACGAUAUCAAUAAUCCUCCUCUUAAUCCUUGUCGUAAUUCUCCUAGUUUGGGCAAUCCUUCAACCAUCGAAACCACGCUUCGUCCUCCAAGACGCCACCGUCUUCAACUUCAACGUCUCCGGCAAUCCACCGAACCUCCUCACCUCAAAUUUCCAAUUCACUCUCUCCUCUCGUAACCCUAACGACAAGAUCGGUAUCUACUACGACCGUCUUGACGUCUACGCUUCUUACCGGAGCCAACAGAUCACUUUGCCGAGUCCCAUGCUUACCACUUAUCAAGGACACAAAGAAGUCAACGUUUGGUCUCCUUUCGUCGGUGGAUACUCCGUUCCUGUGGCUCCGUACAACGCUUUCUAUCUCGAUCAGGACCAUUCAAGUGGCGCGAUCAUGUUGAUGCUUCAUCUCGACGGUCGAGUUCGUUGGAAAGUCGGAUCCUUCAUCACCGGAAAAUAUCAUCUCCACGUUAGAUGUCAUGCGCUUAUCAACUUCGGGAGUAGUGCUGCCGGAGUUAUCGUCGGAAAGUACAUGCUCACCGAAACUUGUAGUGUUAGUGUUUGACAAAUUAAGAGGUACUUAACGGUGACGGUGGUAUCGGUCACGGAUUUUUUCAUUAUUAAUAACGUAAUAUAUUUUAUAUAUAAUCUCGUAGUAGUUAAGUUUUAUAACUUUUUUUUUCCUACGUCAUAGAGAAAUAAUAUCAAGAAUUGCAAUCGGUUGCGUUAUUGUUAUGACGAGCUGUAAAAGAUUCAAAGGAAACACUAAAAUAUAGUAAAAGACAAAAAAAAAGGUUUAUUUUUAUUUCAGUUGGUAACAAUUUAUGAUGGAUGAUUCAAUUAAAAACUGUUUUCUAUAUAAUGAUAAUAAUGUAUAUUCUCUUGUUUCAUUGACUAUGAUUUUGUGCUGAUCCAGAGUGACGACAAUUGAAUUUUAGAAAUAUCUGAUCGGAACGGUAACCAUUUGUACGGUGUCAUUAUCUAUAGUAUCUUGUCUUUUUUUCUUUUUCUAAAACAGAAUCAAGACCCAUUCUCAUAUAGUUUUUCAAUUUCCCAUUAAAGUUUAGAUCUUAAAGUUGGCUCUUUACAACAGUUCAGUACAUUCAAAGGAAAAACUCUUGAUCAAAUCUAUAUUCCUAAUAUAUUGGUUAGUUUGUCUCCUAAAUAUUCUUGGAUCUUGAAAUGAUAAAAAGUAGAAUCAUGUUGCUUAUUUUACAAGAAAUAGGGUAUUUUUCUCCAACGUUCGAAUCCCACGAAUAUUCUAUAUUAUGUAUUUUUUGGGUUAAUAAUGAAGUCAUCUUAUAACCAACUGCUUCGACUAAUUUUGCCUCUUUUGUUAAGAGAUUUGUAGGCGUAAUUCUCAAUCUGGAAUCCACUUUCUCCAAGAGAGAAAACUUGCGAAAUGAUUCAUUACAUGUGCUAUUGUUAUUAUAUUCGAUAUGUAUAUGUAUUUCAGAAAGAAGUCCAAUGUGAGAACAUUCAAAAUGUACAUAAGAGCGAGGUCCAAUUUGAGCAUAACGUACGCAAUUUGUUCGUUAGAUUCGUCACCAACAAAUAUUUGAUGUGUUUGUGAACGAUUUUUUAUGCAAUUUUUUAAUCUUAGUCCCAUUUAUCUACUAACUCCCACGUGUUUUGU